AAUCGUCGUCACACAGUCAUUUCAGAUGUUAUGAAAUUUUGACUUGAUUUUGAUUUUCUAGAAACAAAGAUGCCAAACAAUAAAAUGAUGUCUCAAAUUAUCAUCAAAGUGCUGAUAAUAUUGAUUUCGAUCACAAAAUGCUUUGCUCAAUAUGAUUAUUAUCCACAACAACAACGUUGUAAUAUACCAACAACAUUACGUGGUGAAUGGUUUUCACGUGAAGAUGGACAAAACAUAUAUACACAGAUAACUGAAAAUGAUUUUUCAAAUCGUGGUUUUUGUUUAGAAAUGGUACAACAUAGUUAUGAUAAUUUUACAUUUUUAUUAAAAAAAGCUGAUUGUAUUUCUUGUGUUCGUAUACUAAUACGAACAUUAAAUGUUUUGGAAAAAAUUGAAACAAAUUGUUUACAAAAUUAUCAUCAAAAUUUAAUACCAAGUUAUGAUUCAUUAUGUAAAAAUUCAUUGGAUAAUAAUAAGGAAAUGAUAACCAUGUUUUCAACAAAUCCAUCCGGUAAAAAUUGCCGUUCAAGUUUAGAAGGUGUUUGGAAUUUUGCCUAUCAAAAUCGUUUUAAAUUUACUGGUGAAUGUAUACAUGAAGAAGCUAAUAUUACGGCAUGUCAAAAACCUGGUACACAAUUUUUCAAUCUAAAUCAACAAUUCUUAAUGAAUUAUCGUAAAUGUAUAAAUAUGCGUGAAACUGAAGAUGCUGAAGUACAAUUUAAAUGUUUAGGUGAUUGGUAUGUUGGGAAAAAUCAUUUUUUUGCUGUUGUUAAUUCAAGAGAAUCACGUGUUGAAGAAAAAUAUCGUUGUUUUUUAUCCAAUCGUGAUGAUGAUCAAUUUUUAUCCGUAUCGAUAACAGCCGAAUGUAAUACACUGAAAUCACCACAAGAAGGACCAGAACGUUUACGUUUAUUUCCAGUACGUACUGAAUUAGUACAGGCUAAAUGUACAUUACCACAAAAUUUUAGUGGCCUAUGGAUAAAUACGGCAAAUUUCGAUGCCGAAGUUCAAAUCAAUUCGACAACAAUGAUUGAAAAAUGGCGUCCAGAUACUGGUCGUAUUAAACAGGAAAUUUUCGUUUGUCAAGAACAACGUGGUACACGUUUUGUAAUGGCACGUUUAGGUGUAAAUGGUUGUCAAAAAGAUUAUGUUUGUUUUGAAUUUCUACCCCGACAUCAUAAUGUCAUACGUUAUCGUAAAGGACAGGCAAUGAUUAUGGAUCGUUUUUCAACCGUUUGUGCAUGGACAAUGUUUAAUUCGGAAAAUGAAUGGAAAUAUGAUAUUCUCAUAGCCAAAAAUCCCGUAUCCAUUAAAUGUCCGAUAGCCGGGAAAUUUCGUUUCAAACAAUCCGGUGAUAUUCUGUUUGAAACACGUAUACGUGGUGGUGUUACACAAUUCCCCAGGCCAAAUGUUUAUUGUAAAGCAAAUAUAUCAGAUUUUUCUGUUUGUGAUAGUGAUCAAAAAAUUCUAAAUAUUGAUGCUGAUUAUUGUUUGUCGGUUGAUCAAUUCGGUUUACCGGUGGAUAUUUAUAGCCAACCGGAUUAUCAAAUGCAAUGUAUUGCGUAUUGGAAAGAAAAUCUUAAAUCAUAUCUUAUUACAUAUGAUAGUUUGGAUGCUUAUAGCCGAUAUCGUUGUUGGGUUUAUCAACGUUCCGAUUUGAAUGCCAUACUUAUGUCAAUGUCAGUAGGGGCUUUUUGUCAUAUACGACAAGAUGUCCGAAGUGGUCAUGCUAUUGAAGGUGCACAAGUUGCAUUAGAAAUGAUUGAAUAUGAACGUGAACAUGAUGAUUGUCCAUUAUAUUUUGAUGAUGGUUCAAACCCUUAUAAAUCAGCACAAGAUCAUGUUACUAUUUUACGUCCAAUGGCUUUAACAUCAAAUUCUCUUCAAAUUCAAUUUUGUAAUCAUCAAAUUUGGUUACAAAUAUUUUUAUUUAUAUUAACAACAACAACAACAAUAUUUUUUAUAUAAUUUUUCAACAAAGAAAAAUAUUCUAUAAUUUACGACAUUACUUAAUCAUCUAUAUAGAACAACAACAACAACAACACCUGGAAAAUUCAUCGAUUUUUUUAAACUAAAUAAACUUUGCACACACUUUUUAAAA